CAAACUCAUAGUAGUGAGUUAACGGUGUAAUAAAUAAAAAUAUCGGGUACAUUUUAAAGCGAAAAACGGUUUAAACUCGCACCGUACGAGUCAGAAUUGGGAUCAUUGAAAUGAUGGCUGUUUUUCAUGAUUAAAUUGCAAAAUUUUAUCAUCCGCUUAGGUUGUUGACAGAUCAGUAGUAAUCAGUGAGGAUGAGAGAUUGCAAUAAUUUGUGUGAGUUAAUUGUGUUUUCUGAAUUUUCUUGUACAAACGGGGCGCAAUAAUUUCCAAGAAGCUCGAAAUGCAAGAUUAACGUUGAAAGGAGGAUGGGAUAAUGACUUUCAAAAUGAUUAUGGACACAGGGGAAACAAAAUUGAAUGUUGUUAACUAUUAACAAAGUAAGAAAAUGUGCCAUCGUGCUGUUUCCUGAAUUCAAACAUGGAAAAGAAUAAGAAAAAGAAUACUGCCAAUGGAAAAUACAAGAAAAACGGAAAAACAGAUAACUAUGACGAUAUCGUCACAACAUGUUGUCUGUGUGUCAAAACUAAAAAAAACAAGAAAAAAAGUUUGAUUGCUGGAUGUAUAACUAACUUAGGAAUAUUUGUAAUUCUUCUUCUAUACACUUUAGUUGGAGCAUUCAUAUUUCUAGCCAUUGAAGGUAGUGCUGCUAAGGUACACCAAAAAACACUAGCCACAACUUCUUAUCACGCUAACGAAAAUAAAAAAUCAAAUUCUGUACCUAAAGUCAACAGCAGCAUCGCACAAGUAAGUGCUGAAUUGAGAUCACAAACAGUUGAAAGUAUCUGGGAAAUAACAGUAUCUUUAAAUAUUCUUUAUAAAGAAAAUUGGACAAGACUCGCCGCACAAGAAAUUGCAAGAUUUCAAGAAAAACUGGUUGCAAGGGUUGCUGCCGAUGUAUCGGAGCAAUAUGGUGGUGUAAGGGCAUUGGAAUCUGCACCGGCUUUAGCAAUUAAUGAUGAUUAUGAAUGGAACUUUGCAAAAGCAUUUCUUUACUCUUUGACGGUUCUUACAACUAUAGGUUACGGCAGCGUCGCUCCAAAAACUGCUUUAGGUAAAGCAGUUACCAUUGGAUACGCUGUGAUAGGCAUACCACUAACAUUGCUUUACCUAUCCGUUGUAGGUGCACUGUUAUCAAGACUUGCUCGGAGUGUGUUUAGUCAGGCCUUAUGCUGUUGUCUUUGUUCUAAAUGCGGCUAUUGCUGUCUCGACGAAAGAACUAUUGCGGUCAAGAAUAGGAAAGACAAAAUAAAUCGUCAGGAUGAAUACAAAACACAAACAUUGCAUCUGCAAGAACCAUAUUACGUACGAUCACCAUCAGGUACAAUAAUAUCUGCGUCUCAAGCAAACAGCCUCAGCACAAACUCCAUUAAAGAUAAAGCAACGGGACUAAGCUUUUUACGGGAUUGUGAUUCUAUGAGCUGUGCAGAUACAGAUUCGAAAGUGUCUUUACGUGGGUUUUCCAUUCUUGCACCAAUUUCCUUGUGUCUCACAGCGAUCUUUACUUACAUUUUCUUCGGUGCUUUCGUUUUAUAUCAACUUGAAGGAUGGAGUCCUAUUGAUGGUGUUUAUUUUUGUUUCAUGAGCCUAAGCACUAUUGGUUUUGGACAUUUGGCUCCUGGUUUGACUCAACGAAAUGGUGCAUCAACAGGCACAGUUUGGUUUUGUUCCAUUUAUAUAAUGACUGGUUUGGCGUUGACGGCUAUGUGCUUCAAUGUUCUUCACGAUGAAAUAGUUCACCGAUUAAGGCAUCACGAGAAGAUACUGAAGGGAAAUACUCAAAAGAUUUUGACAUCCGAGUUUUUGCAAAGAUCUUGACGAGACGAAAGUGGCAAUUUUACAGAAGAGACUGCGAUUAUUUCUGAAGUGGAAUCAUUACCCGAAGUACUGCAUCAUGUAGCAGCUCAUCGGUACGAAGGUGGCGCGAUCCGUCGUUCUGUUUAUACUGUUAAAGAAGAAAAAGAACCAGAAAGAGCAACUCCAAUGUAAUGUCCAAAUCGUUUUUAAAUUUAACCUUUAACGCCUAAAAUGAAGGGUUAUAAAUGAACUGUAGAAAUAAUAGACAACGGUUUUG